UAUUUCGGCCGUUGCAGUAUUUAGCAUCCGCGCAUGCCCCAGCAUUCCCAAACUAUACUCUGGCAUUCCUUGACGAAGAGUUCUUCUGAGCUCUGUAUGGAAAACCAACUCCCGCUGCGUCCCUUUUUAGCUUAGACUCUGGUCAUACUACGUACUCAACUGUCCAGCUAAUUGAAGGUUGCGUCGACUUCUGUCAAACUCUGCCAUCUUAUUUCCUCUUCCAUGCUUUUCGUGCAUGCCUUGUCAUCACGAGGACUGACCCCAGAACUUUAGCUUGGAGCGAGUAAUUACCCUCAUGAACAUGAGGGGAACCUGCGAUCCUUAUAUCCGGGGACGCAAGGUAUCUCUCUCUGCUUCUCCUUCUCCUUGUCCCUUCUUGUCUCUGUUCUCAUCUUCCGAAUAUGUCCUGCACCACUUCAACGCCUGUUCCCCAUGUACCGUGUCAUGUCCCAGCUCCUCCGACAAAGGAAGAACUUGAAUAUGUUGAUCUGGCUAUCGUUGAUCUGUCCAAGGCAGCAACUCCUGAAGGUCGUGCUCAAUUGGCUACCCAAGUCCGCGAUGCUAUGAGAGAUAUUGGCUUUCUUGUAGUCAUCAACCACGGAUACACUCAGGAACAGCGAGAUAGGAUCUUCGAUAUCGCAGAUUACACCAUCACACACGUUAGUGAUGAAGAUAAGCUGAAGUACGAGGCAAAGGUACUUGAAACUGGAUCUUAUCAAGGCUACAAGCCGCCCCAGUUCUGGCACAUCGACAAUGGUGUUCUAGACAGAAUCGAGCAGUACAACAUCAAUCGCAACGUCACCUUACGUGAACAUCCUGAACUUCUUCGACCUCUGCUUCCCGAAAUCAGCGAGUUCGGAAAGCACAACCAUUUCAACGUCUGCCAUCUGAUUCUCAGGCUUCUAGCCCUUGGUCUUGAACUUCCAGAGGAAACAUUCAUCAAUCUGUUCAACUAUGACGCUUGUGGCGAGUCGUCUGUGACAUUUAUGAAAUACUUCUCUCGCUCCGAGGAAGACGAAGGGAAAGCCAAGAAUGUCUGGUUCAAGGGACACACUGACCUUGGUGGUAUCACCAUCCUCUGGUCUCAACCCGUCUCCGCCCUUCAGAUCCUCUUACCUGACGGCAAAUGGCGCUGGGUCAAACAUAUCGAUAACUCACUCGUCAUCAAUGUCGGCGACGCCUUGGAAUUCCUCUCCGGAGGGUACUACCGCGCCACUAUCCACCGUGUUGUCCAGCCUCCCCUGGACCAACGCGGGUUUACCCGUCUCGGUGUCUCUUACUUCUCCAUGCCCGACGACAAUGUCAAGCUCGUCCCGCUCACUGAGAGUCCGGUGCUGCAGAGGGAGGGCGUGCAGAGAAGGUUCAGCGAUGAGGAAUCACCGAUUAUGGAACAGUGGCGCAAGGGACGCAUCGUGGCGUAUGGGAAGUCGGAGUUGAAGAAGGCGGAGGGUAAUGUUGAGGAGGAGUAUAUUCAUGGGGGGCUUGUUAAGCACUAUAAUUGAGUGUGCAAGAGCUUGCUCUUUCGAUGGGAAUCAUGGCGGAUGAGUACUGGUUAGACGGUGAAGGGGGGAGUAUGUAGGAGGAAAGAAACGGCAAAAAUAUUUUGCAGCUGCAAUCAAAGAGAGAUUGAAUAUGGCAUUUUAGGCUGGUAGAGAUAAUGUAAACACCAGAGGAAUGACUGCUAUUUGGGGGAAUGGAUGAUGUCGCGGAAAGAGGG